AUGUCGUCCCCUCUGAUCCUGUGCCUGUUGGCGGCGCUGCUGCCGGGCCUCGUGCGGCCGGCGCCCAUGGAGCCCUCGUGGAACUACUCGGACCAGGGCUCCUGGAGCCAGGAGUUCCCGCAGUGCGGCGGCGUCGGCGACCAGACGCCCAUAACGCUGCAGCCGGCCGUGCAGUCCUCCACCGAUGACGACAACCUGCCGCAGCUGCUGUCUGUCCAGUCCGGCCUCAAAGACGGCUCGCUGACCGCCUCCAACACGGGCCGCACGCUCAAGGUGACGCUGAAGGACAAGUUCGGUGACCCGGCCUUCCAGCUGGAGAGCAACAGUUCGACUCCCCUCAACGGCCGGUACAUCCUGGACAACCUGCACCUGCACUGGAACGACCCGGCCGGCGGCCGCGGCUCCGAGCACAAGAUGAACGGCACCUUCGAGCAGGCCGAGGCGCACUUUGUCUUCUUCAACCAGCAGUACGGCAACGUGUCGGCGGCGCUGGCGCACGCCGACGGCCUGGCCGUGGUGGGGCUGCUGCUGCGGCCCGACCCGGCGCUGUGCCUGUCCCUGCCGACGCUGGGUCUGGACGGCGACCUGCCGCAGCUGUCGCAGCUGGGCAGCUCCGUCACCAGGCAAGUCGAUCUGCGCCCGCUGAGAAAAGUGUUGCGAACCGCGCUCAAGAGCUUCUUCAGCUACCAGGGCAGCCUGACGACGCCGCCCUGCAGCCCGGUGGUCACGUGGAUCGUGCAUGACCAGCCCGUCUCGGUGGAGGCCACGUUCCUGCAAGAUUUGCGCACCAGUCUGUUCUCUGAUGUGACUGGCACCAACACUUUGCAGAAUAACUGGAGAUUCCUGCAAGCACUUGGUAACCGCACCAUCUACAGGUAUCACGAACUAUAA